AUGACGCUGUUCUUCGAUACCAAGGUGCAAUUUCUGGACAGUGAAGCCAUCAGUACCGUUAGCUCGUGGCAUCCGGUCGAACCGAUCUUCGCCGUGGCCUCGUACAGCAACGAGCGUGGCGGGUCGGUAACGAUAUUUGACGAUACGGGUAUUCCGCUGCGUGAUGUGACGUUUCCAGUGCACGCCACUUCCCAGGCCACCGUGCUUACUUGGCACCCGGAGCGCCGGGUGCUGCUGACUGGCUGGGAAAACGGUGAGAUACAUGCGUGGUUCGAGGGAAAGCGCGACUUCGCGACGGUCGGUGGGCCGCACAAGUCACCGAUCGUGUUGCUGGAGUUCAGCGAGAAGGGCGGCCGUGUCAUCACGGCCGAUGCGAUGGGCGUGCUGACCGGGUGGCGCUUCGACGGCCAGUCCCAGUUCCUGACACUGUUCAACCACGACCUCCGUGACCCGCUGCUGCACAUCACGUUUCGCCGCUCAAUUCAGAGUGCCAGCAGCAAGAAGUUGACCAGUUUAGCCAGGGCAGCCGUUGCCGGGGACGAGGCGGCACUAGACCAGCUGACCAGCUGGCGACCUCGCACUGCAGUCCGCAAUCUAGCGCACGACAACUUGCAAGACAACUACUGCUUUUACGCGUGCACCCAAACGGGUGUGCUGUACUACAUUAACCAGACGGGCACGUGCAUGGAGAUUGUGCGCCCCGACAGCGUCCCGAUCAUGCAGAUCCUGUGGCACCCGAAGCAGGACUCGAUCGUGCUGCUAAUGGAGGACAUCACGCUCGGCCACUACGAGGUGGACGCCGGUGGCCAGAUCACGGAACUUGACCGGGUAAAACUGUCGGGCAAGGUUGCAGGCUCCAAGAGCUCCAUCGAGUGGGUGGCUGGUUCGGCGCUGGCCAUUCUUACCGGUGACCUGUCGGUGCGCAUCUGGGACAUUGAAACCAGCGACAACUACGUCCUGUCGAUGGAGUCCCCGGCUGAGGGGGGCACCAGUCAGGCCGACCAAACGCAUCCGAAUGGACCACCGGUUGCCGGCCAGGAAGUGUUUACCGGUGCGGCGUACUGCCACGAGACGCAAACCUUGAGCGCCGGCACCAGCCAGGGUAAUCUGUUCACGUGGCGGCGGGCCGGGCCCUUCACGCGAACCUACGCCGAGCACCCGGAGUACCAGUGGCAGCUGACGAACGUGACGGGCGUGCGUGGCACGAUCAAGGGACUGGCCUGGGGCAUCACGGACAGCAACCGGCCGUGUAUGAUGGUAAACUGCCUGUCGGACGUAUUCAUCUUGAAGGAGCAGGCGCUCCUGGCGGCUCACACUCGCACGCUCUGGGUUGUGCAGCGCAAGUCGAACGAGCUGCUCGUACAGCACUGCAGCGGAAAGGAGGCCUCGUUGCGGCUGGAAAGCUCCAUCACGCAUCUCGCCCUUAACGAGCUGCAUUUGGUGGUGACGAACGGCCGUUCGAUCGGCGUGUACCGGGUGCAGCAAUCACCGCUGCACGACGGUGUCGGAAGUCGCUUCGGGACUGCCGAAAGCGAAACGACCGGUUCGGUCGGGGGACCAACGGACGGUGAUAGCGGUGCGCCCGCUCUGUCGAUUACGUUCGUCGGUAGCUUUGCGGUCGACUGCGUGGCCGUCUAUCUGUACGAACGCAGCAUCGUGGCACUCGGUGCCGAGCAGGUUAAGGUGUACUCGCUCAGCGGUGUCAUCCUGCAGGAGUUGGUGUUUAACGAGCACGAAGGCAAACCGAUCGGAGCCGACCUGCACGGGCCUUACUUGACGCUGUUCACGCUGAACGGGUACCUGAAGCUGUACGAUGUGUCGCGGCACGACGUACGACUGUUGCAACCGGCGCGCUGCGCGUACGACAUGUUCGAGAGCUUCGGUGAAGUGAUAGCGGCCAAGUCGUGUGCGACCGGGACGCACAUCGCCCUGACCAUUGCCAACGCCCAGCUCCACCCGGAUGGCAAGCUGUACCUCUGGUGCCUGGAAAGCAACGUCGUCAAGCCGUACGAGCUCCGUACGUCGCAGGAGCUGGGCCGUGGUGCCGCACCACCAGCCUCGCCCAGUUUGCCGGUGACGUUUUUUUGGGACGCCGAUGACGGCAGACUGUUGGCCUAUGAAUCGCGCCCUCUCACUGGCAAGUCGGUCGCUGCUGCAGAGUCGCUCCGUUUGCACGUCCUGUUUGUCGAUGGCCAGCGAUCGGAGCUCACGGAGCUGGAGGUGAGCGGACGCCCGGGUGCACCACCCGGUAGCACAGCUCACCAUCAGCAGCAACAGCAGCAGCAGCAGCAGCAGCUCGUCCUGAUCGGUCUGUGUGUACCGCACCUGCUGGUGCUUCAGCGUGACACCAUCGUCCGGCUUGCGUUGCGUGAUUUCUCCGGCCUCGAAGACUGUGAUCGGGCGACCCGUGCGAUGGUGCUCAACUUCAGCCUCAGCGUGGCGCAAGAGAACAUGGACCAGGCGUUCAGCUGCAUACGUUCGCUACGCUCCGACACGGUUUGGAUGAACCUGGCGCGCCUCUGCGUGGUAACGGGCCGGCUGGACGUAGCCCGGGUUUGCCUGGGCCACCUGCGCCGGGCCCGCUCGGUACGGGCGUUGCGUCGGGCGUUCGAAGACGCGACACUCGAACCGGAAGCCCGCAUAGCGGUGCUGGCCAUCGAGCUGGGAAUGGUGAGCGAAGCGGAAGCACUGUACAAGCAGUGCGGCCGGUACGAUCUGCUGAACAAGCUGUACCAAGCGUCCGGACGGUACGAGGACGCCGUGGAAGUGGCGGAACACUUUGACCGGGUGCACCUGCGCAACACCUACCACCGGUACGCCGGCUGGCUGAAGGAGAACGGCCAAACGAGGCGCGCACUCGAGUGGUACGAGCGGACCGGCUCACUCGUCCCGACCGUCAGCCAGCUGCUGCUGGAUGAUCCGGCCGCCCUGAAGCAGUACAUGCAGGGCGCCACCGAUCCGGAGCUGCUGCGCUGGUGGGCCCAGUACAUCGAGAGCGGCGGUGACAUGGAGAGCGCCUUCAAGAUCUACCAGCGCUCGGAGGACUGGUUCGCGCAGGUGCGCAUCCUCUGCUUCAUCGGCCAGGUCGGCCGGGCGGACGGGUUGGCACGGGCGAGUGGUGACCGGGCCGCCUGCUAUCACCUGGCGCGGUACUACGAAAACGGCGGCAAGUUCUCGGAAGCGAUCCACUUCUACACGCGCGCCCAAACCUACGGUAACGCGGUGCGCAUCUGCCGCGAGAACGAACUGCGCGACGAGCUGUGGACGGUGGCGUGUGGGGCGCGGGCCCGUGACAAGGCGUCGGCCGCCGUUUACUUCGAGGACGUCGGCGAAUACUGGCGGGCGGUCGAGCUGUACCACCGGGCCGGCUUGCUACACAAGGCGGUCGAGAUGGCGUUUCGUUCGCAGCAACCCGAAGCGCUGCAGGUGAUCGCGGCCGAACUGGAUGCCCGGUCCGAUCCGGAGCUGGUGGCACGGUGCGCCGAGUUUUUCCUCGCCAGCGAGCAACCGGCACGGGCCGUCCAGCUGCUGGCCAAGGCUCGCCAGCUGGACCGAGCGCUCGACGUGUGCGCCGAGUACACGGUGCAGGUAACGGAGGCGCUCGCCGACCUGCUGACGCCGGCCCGCGAUGAACUGGGUACGGGGCCGGAAGCCCGGAAUGCAGUGCUGCUGCGGCUCGGGGAGCUGUUGCAGGAACAGGGCGAUUACCACGCGGCGACCAAGAAGUUCACCCAAGCGGGCGAUAAGGUGCGGGCGAUGAAGAGUCUGCUCAAGUCGGGCGACACCGACAAGAUCGUGUUCUUCGCGGGAAUGUCGCGCCAGCGUGAGGUGUACGUGAUGGCGGCCAACUACCUGCAGGCGCUCCGCUGGCAGACGGACGCCAAGAUCCUGAAGCACAUCGUCACGUUCUACACCAAGGGCGGUGCGUACCGGGAGCUGGCGAACUUUUACGCCACCUGCGCGCAGGCUGAAAUCGACGAGUUCCACGAUUACGACAAGGCACUGAACGCGCUGCAGGAGGCGGCCAAGUGUCUGGCACGGGCGGCCGGCCAGUCUGGGGCCGCUCCGGAGGUGUUGCAGCAAGCGAUGGGUGCGGUGCGCCGGAUGGUUGAGCUGCAGGAUGCGACCGAGCGGCGUGAGUACGCGAACGUCAUCAAGCUAAUUAAGGUGCGGCUCGAUGAGCAAGGAACGGAACAGCAGCAGCAGCAGCAGCAGGAAGCAGUUGUGCAGGUUCGGGUGUGGGACCUACUCGCCCUGCUCGUCGAGUGUCUGGUGGCAAGCGGUGCCCACUCGGAGGCACUGCACUAUCUGCGUGAACUGUCGCACCGGAAACCCGACUGGUACCGACUCGAGCUGCUCGAGAAACCGAUCCUUGAACGGCUGGUCGCCGAGACGGGCGUCAGCCUUGAGCCGUACAUUAAAACGGCCAAGGUGAGGCGACCGGCGACGGCCAAAAUCUCCGGUCUGAGCGAUGACGAAGAAAUACAGGAGGAGUGCGACUGA